ACCUGCUACAAAACGCUGCCCAUCGCACGCGCCACACCGUAGCGCUGUGCACGCGUAGUGCGAAGCUGCUGCAGACUCAGUAAUCGAUCGCUGGCGCAGACCAGCGAACAGGGCAGCGUCUCAGGGCAGCCAUAAUGGCCUCGCUCGCGUCGGAGAUCGAAAAACUGGCCGAGCUCAAGGCCAAGGGCGUGCUGACCGACCAGGAGUUCACGCACGCCAAGGCGGCGGUGAUCGCUGGAGACGACGCAUCCGAUGCGUUCGAGGAAGCGGGCGACGAUGCGAUUCCCGUGAAGGGCGGCAUCGGCUACAUGACCUUCUGGAGCGAGGCGUUCACGCUGCUCGAAAAGAUGGGCAAUAUCCCGAAGGACCACAAUUUGGAGUGGCGGCAACAUCUGGCCUGCUCGAAGCAGUACGACGCCGCGAGUCUACGCGACGGACUCAGCUCGACGUACGAGACCGAGAUUAUUUUUGCGGCAUUGAUGCUCGGCGUGAACUGGACGAUUUUCCUCAGUGCCGUGGACGAGGACGCCUACGAAGCGGUGCGCCAGGUAGAGCCGGCGAAGGCCCGGUUCUGGCUCGUCGUCGUGGGAUGGCUAUCGAUAGUGUUCAGCUGGCUCGUCAUCGGCGCCGUCUACCUCGUACUCGUCAUGCUCGCGCCCGUCUCCGAUACAAAUUUACCAGCGUUUGUGCGCUCGUCGAGCGUCACAAACUGCCUCAUGAUUCCGAACGUCUUUAUCGUACUCAUGUUCUACGCGUCGUCGUUCUUCUUCGCGCUGGCGGUCUGCGUCGCGUCGGACAGCGGUGUGAUGCUUGGCCUGUCCGCGCUCAUGUUCGCCCUCAUGGUCAUGAUGCUCCAGAAUUUUAUGACGCCUAUGAACAUAGCCGUCAACGCCGGAUGCUUCUCCGAUACGCCCGCGAUCGCGCCGCGGGACCUCGCCACGUGCACCCCUGGCGACGUCGACGCCGCCUUGCGAAGGAAGGCGUUAGCGACGGUGCGCAAGCACGGCAAGCCCUCGGGGCUGCUGUUCUCGUCGGCGCCGCCUGGUGCCUUGGAAGAGCUAUACUCCGGUGCAAGCAACCCCGCCGCCAGAUCCGUGCGGCGGCGGGGACGGCGUGUCUUCGGCAUGAAGAAGCGAGGGGCCGUGUCGGCAUCUAUUCACUAAUUCUAAU